AAUAGGUUGCUACUCAGACUAGAAUCCAACCCUGCCUUACCCCCACACCCACACCCACCACAUGGGGUACAUGUUAAUGGAAGGAGACCUGCUAGCCGGUGGCUUUUCUUUUCUUUCUUUCCCGUAUUUUGUUUUAUUUUCUCCGAGGCAGAGCUCGCUCCUCCCCCCACUCUUUCUCUCUCUCUCUCUCUCUCUCUCUGAUGGCAGGUUCUUUGGUUCAUCUCAGUCGCACGCCAGAUCAUCCACCUUAUGCAGAGAUGAUCUCGGAUGCGAUCAUGUCCCUGGGGGAAGAAUGCGGAUCUAGUGAGUCGUCCAUCUCAACAUACAUCAAAUCGAACCACCAAGAUCUGCCCGUGGCCCACUCCAACCUCCUCUCCUACCAUCUCUCCAAACUCAUCCGGCUCGGUGAAAUCGACCAAUCCACCCCCAAUUCCUACUCAGUUUCUACUGACCCAACCCCUAAAAAUCCUAACCCUAAUCCCUCCCCCCCACCUCGCCGUGGUCGCUCUCAUUCCAAAAACCCUAACCCUAAUCCUUCCCCCCCACCCCCACCUCGCCGUGGUCGCCCUCCCAAGACGGAGACGCUCAAAAACAGAGGCAGCGAGCGCAGGAGAAGCGGGAAACCACCCGAGCGGAAGCCCGAUCGGGACGAGAAGGCGGGUUUGUUGCCGGGCGCAGCUGCGAUCGAUGUUGGGGAUGUCCCGCUGCCACUGCCACGACGUCGUGGACGGCCUCCGAAGCGUAAAAAUGCUUGCGCGGUGGGCCCCAGUGGAGUGGGGUCGGAAGGGUAAGAGGGUUGAAGACGAGCUCGACGGUGGUUAAAAUGUCCAAGGUAGGAGGGAGAGAGGCCGUGAAUUUGAAUGGUUUUAAAUUCAAAUUUGAGGGGGUUUAAGGGGAUUUGAUUUCAAAUUUGAGGGUUUCAACGGUUUCAAAUCCCUCCAAGCUAAAAGCUAGGGUUGUAUGUGUAAUAUGUGUGUCACUAGAUUAUUAAUCUAUCGGGCACAUGGCCCACUGAUGAUAUUUCAAAAUAAUUAGAUUAUCAAUUGCAUCACUAUAAUUACUUUAA